UGCAACGGUGCGUCGCGUCGUCGCCAUGCCGAAACGUCAGCUUCACGAGAGGGCGGUAACGACGACGACGACGACCCCGCCCGUGUAACUAGAGCGAAAUUAUUGCGCAUCAUCGUAGACCCGUAGCAAGUACACGGGGUAACACAUGUUGUGUUCUUUUGAAACGUCGUUUAAAUUAUAUUACAUUAUCGACUAUAUGAUAAUGUUCGCAAUCGCGUAACACGUCGGAGACGAGCCUUACUACUUACUUAUACUUACAAUAACGCACAGACCGUGUCGCAGCACGUCAAAUAAUAGUACGAGGAAUGCCACGAAAGCAACAGCUGACGAUCGACUAACACGAGGACGUCAACGACCGAUUAAAAAGCUGUACCUACCUAUACGAUAUAAAAUUGCAUAACCGUGUUUUGGAUUACACAUACUGGAUCACUAGACACGGAAGCUCUCCGACAAUUAAAGUCCAAGCAAAACAACCUGAAAAUUUCGUUACAUAGGUAGUGGAUAUUAUUGUGUGAUUUAAACAAAAACAAAAAAAAAUUCGAAAAUGUCCAUUCCCGCCAUUACUAUUUACGCUUCGUUUAUUUUGUCAAAACACGAACUGGAACUCCGCGGACCGUUAUCUCAACAGAUCAUCAGAUUUACGAGAACCUUGCCAGACGAUGUAGACCCGCACGUAAGGGUGAAUAACGUGACCAUGGAAAGGCUUGUCUAUGCGAUAAGAAAACGUUUGCGCAGAAACUACAAAGAGUACAAGAUUUUGAGUCACCAGAUCGGAGUCAAGGGCUGUACUCUGCUGUACGCUGUUCCCACCGUGAGGAUCGACGACAAUAACCAGUACAACUUUGUGUCCAGUCACAGGGGAGCGAGGACUGUCUUGAUGAGGGCGUUGAAGGAUUUGUGCUGCACGUACGCCAUACUCACGCCGGACAUCAGAUUGAAAAUCGACCACGAAGAUCCGAAGGCCAACUGGACGUUGACUGCAGGCGUGACCGAAGAUUUAGAUUACCAUUAUCUGAAAGCGUUUCCGGGCAAGUGUCGGUUAACCAAUGGUGCGGUGGUGGAUCCGAACAUCGCGGUGCUGUGGGUCAAAAACGUACAGCUGGCCGACAUAUUGUACGUGGCCCAACGCAAGACUGAUCUAACUCCGAAGAUGGUUCGUUGGAACGUCCCUCCGCGGAUUCUGACGAUCACGCGGCAUUUCGAGAAAUUUAGAUUCUGCUGGACGCCCAAGACGCCUAAGGAAAUCUUAAAUGACUUCGAGACCGAAUUAAUCAACCUAACCAACCGGUCGGAAAACUCUUCUUUUUCUUUCUCCCAAAUAAUGGGCUGGGCCUAUACAUGCUUCAAGUAUAUCAUGAUAUUAUUAAUUGCAUUAUAAUUCCUCUCGGUAUACCCAAUCACGAUAAAUUGCUUAUUUGUGUUGUGUGUGUGUGUUUGUCAAUUGUCAUAUACGUACUACAAACGUCAUCAAAAUAUUAUUAUAACCAUUCAAAACAAAACAAACGCUAAUAUACCUCUGAAUAAGUGAAAUUAACUUAUAUUAUAUCAGAAUAACCUAUUAAUCAAUAAUCACCUAUAGUCAAUUUUUUACCAUAAAAACAAACAUAAAUACAGUCCGAAUAUUGGGACAAAAAAAAAACUAAAUCCAUUAAAAGUGAAUUUAUAGUUGUGUAUAAGAACUAUAAGACUCACUUUUAUUUGGUUUUAGGUUUUAAAUAAAUUAUAAUAAUAAAAAUAAAAAAAUAUACCAUGUUCAAAUCGAUUUAAUAGAAUAUGUUUUAAAAAGUUUUAACACGUAAAUAAUUUUAAAUUAUCAUAAUGAAACUAUGAUAUAAAUAUGAAAUAAAACAUAACUUAAUAGAAAUAAAAGUGAUCCGAGCUACUGGCCAACGGACGAAUGUAAAUUCUCCAAAGUAAAACUUCGUUUGUACAUUAUGUUUGUAUCAAUAAUUUAAUGUUUAUAAUAAUAAAAAAAUAUAAAUUUAAAAAAUGUCAAGUACUAAUAUUAUAAAAAAAAAAAAAAUAAAUUUUUAAUUAUAGCUGUGAACUAUAAUUGUUAUAGUCGAAGUACAAACAAAAUAAAAAUCAGUAGUUAAAUUGAAUAUACAUUCAAUACAUUUGAGAGAGUUUACUAUCGUCCCGGUCAUUAUGUACACAAUACUACAUAAUUAAAUAUAAAUUAUAAAAAUAUGAAAUUAUUCUAAAUAAAUAGGUACCAAGGAAAUAAAAAGAUAUAGAAAUCGAAUUCAAUAAGUUAAUGAUUACAGAAAUCAAAAACUUAAGUGUUAUAAAGACCCCAAAAAACAUUUACAAAAAUAUUCUAGUCAAAAAAAAUAAAAUAUUGUAUAUUAUUUAUCAAACAUACAGUACAAGUUUAAUAUCUUAGAUAGAAUAAAAAUUUUAUAAGAUACAUUAUUCUAAUAUUGAAGUACUUUAUAAUUUAUUAAUGUUUGUAUAACAUAAAUUAAAUUAAUUACUUAUAACAUUAAUGUCAUUAUGCAUUUUUAUAUAUUGAAUCAAUUAUUGAUACAAUAUAUUCGUAAUAAGUGUUUUAACAACAACUUUUUAAUUUAGGCACGGUUGAUGCCAAAAUAAAAUUAUUGGUUUUAUUUAAUUUUAGUCAAAAACAUUUAGCUCUAGGGCACUAAUAUUGUAGGUGUAACAUAAGUUGUAUUUGAACUCUUUCUUAUAGCUCAUGUAUUUUAGUAUUUUAAAUACUUAAUAUUAUAAUCGAUAAGUAUUUAUUGUCAACAUUAUAGUUUAAAAAAUAUUAAUUUAGUGACAACAGUGCUUGCGUAUUUAUUAUUUAAUUUCUAUCUCGUUAAUAUGUUGAAAUUAUAUCUUAUUGUUA